AUGUCUCCCGCAAUCAAAGUCCCGGAACCAAAUCUGGACAUCAGCUUCCAAGACUACCUAAUUCUCUCCAAGUUGGUCUUCGACUGGGCAGAUAGCUAUGAUGCUAAGGACUGGGACCGCCUCCGCAGCAUCAUCGCCCCAACACUGACCGUGGACUAUACCAAGAUCGGGCUCCGAAGAUGGGAUGACAUGCCCGCAGAUGACUACAUGGCGAUGGUGACCCACCCUGGAUUCUUGGGUGAUCCCACCAUCAAGACUCAACAUUUACUGGGUCAAACCUGGUGGGAGAAGAUCUCUGAGACCGAGGUCAUCGGUCAUCACCAGCUUCGUGCUGCGCAUCAGGUGUAUGAGACGGCCGAUCUCCAAGAGGUCAAGUUGCGCGGCCACUCGCAUGCGACCAAUGAGCACUACUACCGCAAAGUCAAUGGCGUGUGGAAGUUUGCGGGCCUGAAACCCAAUGUGAGAUGGAAUGAGAUGCGAUUCGAGGAGGUUUUCAAAGGCCUAGACUGA